AUAAUUGGAUACGGCGAGGAAUUCCAGUCACUCGUCUUCAACAGAGGCAUACGGAGUGCAGCUAGCGCGACAGACAACAGCGAUCACAAUGAGAGUGGAUUUACGAACCUGAAAUGCAAGAAGGCUGACAAGGGCAAAAAUAUCCCGCUCAAAGGUGAAAGAGAUAAAAAUAUCAAUUAUAUUGCUGAUCAAGGCAAUAGCAACGACGAUUCUGAUAACGAGAGCGAAAGCAUCAGGAAGAAGGAACCUAAGGGAAAGAAAGAGAAAAGAAGCAGCAAGGGGGCCGAUUCGGACAAUGAAUCUGGGAAGACAUACAUCCCGGACUGGGCAAAAGGAACAAUUACUGAAGGUACCAGUAUUUCGAGAGCGCUGAUGGAUCUCGGCAAGUUGUAUGUCAACCCUCAGGACAAGUUUGGAGCCAAGCAUCAUGAGGUGCUCGAAAACAAGCUGAGAAUUUUCUUCAAAAAGUGCUGA